AUGAGUGGGGUGUGGGGGACCGGGGGGCCUCGGUGCCAGGCGGCGCUCGCGCUCCUGGCCUCGCUGUGCCGGGCCCGGCCGCCCCCUCUCGGGCUGGACGUGGAGACUUGUCGGAGCUUCGAGCUACAGCCCCCAGAGAGGAGUCCGAGCGCGGCCGACUCAGGCACCUCCGUCAGCCUCCUCGCAGCCAUAGUGAUUGUGUGUGGCGUGGCCCUGGUGGCAGUUUUUCUCUUUCUCUUUUGGAAGCUGUGCUGGAUGCCCUGGAGGAGCAAGGAGGCCUCCAGUCCCGCUUCUGCUAACCUUCCCCCGGACGCCCUCCAGAGCCCCGGCUCCAGAAGCAACAUGGCAGACAAGCUGAAGGACACCAACACGCUGGGCUUCCUAGAGGCGGCUGUGAAGAUCAGCCACACGUCCCCAGAUAUCCCAGCCGAGGUGCAGAUGUCAGUCAAGGAGCAUAUCAUGCGUCACACGCGGCUGCAGCGACAGACCACAGAGCCAGCAUCAUCUACCAGGCACACGUCCUUCAAGCGCCACCUGCCACGGCAGAUGCACGUCUCCAGCGUGGACUACGGCAACGAGCUGCCGCCGGCGGCAGAACAGCCCACCAGCAUUGGCCGAAUCAAGCCUGAACUCUACAAGCAGAAGUCGGUGGAUGGGGACGAUGCCAAGUCCGAGGCUGCCAAGAGCUGCGGGAAAAUCAACUUCAGCCUGCGCUACGACUACGAGAGCGAGACCUUGAUCGUGCGCAUCCUGAAGGCCUUCGACCUCCCUGCCAAGGACUUCUGUGGCAGCUCUGACCCCUACGUCAAGAUCUACCUCCUGCCUGAUCGCAAGUGCAAGCUGCAGACCCGGGUGCACCGCAAGACCCUGAACCCCACCUUCGAUGAGAACUUCCACUUCCCGGUGCCCUACGAGGAGCUGGCCGAGCGCAAGCUACAUCUCAGUGUCUUCGACUUCGACCGCUUCUCCCGCCAUGACAUGAUCGGAGAGGUCAUCCUGGACAACCUCUUCGAGGCCUCCGACCUGUCCCGGGAAACUUCCAUCUGGAAGGACAUCCAGUAUGCCACCAGUGAAAGCGUGGAUCUGGGAGAGAUCAUGUUCUCCCUGUGCUACCUGCCCACAGCCGGCCGGCUCACCCUCACAGUGAUCAAAUGUCGGAACCUCAAGGCGAUGGACAUCACAGGCUACUCAGAUCCAUAUGUCAAAGUGUCCCUGCUUUGUGACGGGCGGAGACUGAAGAAGAAGAAGACAACCAUAAAGAAGAACACUCUUAAUCCUGUCUACAAUGAAGCCAUCAUCUUUGAUAUUCCCCCAGAGAACAUGGAUCAAGUCAGCCUGCUCAUCUCGGUUAUGGAUUAUGAUCGAGUGGGCCACAAUGAGAUCAUAGGAGUCUGCCGCGUGGGGAUCAACGCUGAAGGCCUGGGCCGGGACCACUGGAACGAGAUGCUGGCGUACCCGCGGAAGCCCAUCGCACACUGGCACUCCUUGGUGGAGGUAAAGAAAUCCUUCAAAGAGGGAAACCCUCGGUUGUGA